GCGCGCGGUCUGUUUCUAGGUGUCUAGCAACAACUACCAGCCCAGACAGCCGGCGGCAUCGGGAGCUUCUAUUUCUCGGUGUGUCUUCUCCACGAUUAUCCGCUGCCGGGGUUGAUUCAGAAACAAAAGUCAGUUGGCUCUAAAAGCAGUGAAACAAUAACCCUGACCCCUGCACAGAGAUAUGAGCGGCAGCGGGCGGCCCAGGACCAGCUCGUUUGCUGAGCCGCCAGGUGUUCCAGGACCCGCCGCUGCGCCCACCGGAUCAGCCGCUGCCGUGGGGAGCAGCACAGGAAAGUCCGGGGUCCCGCAGGCCUCCGGGAGCAGCUCGUCGGGAUGCUCGAACCUAAAGCUUGCCAGAGACAGCGGGAAGGUGACGACCGUCGUGGCCACUCCAGGUCAGGGCCCGGACCGCCCACAGGAAGUCUCUUACACCGACAUCAAGGUGAUCGGUAAUGGGUCGUUUGGUGUGGUGUACCAAGCUCGCCUCAUCGACAGCCAAGAGAUGGUGGCCAUUAAAAAGGUCCUGCAGGAUAAGAGGUUCAAGGUAGAAACCUCCAGCAGGAAAGCAGAUAGCAUAGGUGUAGCAGCUGGAGUCCGGCACGUCCAGAGCAGCAGAUAUCCAGAGGAACCUACAAGACAAGGGAGCUCAGGGACUCCAGGAAGGUCUAUGGUUAGUAACUGUCAUGGGACAGGAAGAGUUAAAGUAAGAGACAGGCAGUUAGAGGAAAGAGAUGAUGAUGAUCAAGAUAAGAUCCAGUCCCAUCUCACAGACAGGACUUCACCCAUGCUGUGUUUUCUUCCGCAGAAUCGAGAACUCCAGAUCAUGAGAAAACUGGACCACUGCAACAUCGUCAGACUACGUUACUUCUUCUACUCCAGUGGCGAGAAGAAAGAUGAAGUGUAUCUCAACCUGGUGCUGGACUUUGUCCCUGAGACGGUCUACAGGGUUGCCAGGCAUUUUAACAAGGCCAAGAACAUCAUUCCUAUCAUAUAUGUGAAGGUGUACAUGUACCAGUUGUUUCGCAGCCUGGCUUAUAUCCAUUCCCAGGGUGUGUGUCACAGAGACAUCAAGCCCCAAAACCUGCUUGUCGACCCAGAAACUGCCAUCCUCAAGCUGUGUGACUUUGGCAGCGCCAAGCAGCUGGUCCGCGGUGAACCCAACGUGUCGUAUAUCUGCUCCCGGUAUUAUCGCGCCCCUGAGCUCAUCUUCGGUGCCACAGACUACACGGCAAACAUCGACAUCUGGUCAGCAGGCUGCGUCCUGGCUGAACUGCUGUUCGGACAGCCCAUAUUCCCCGGAGACAGUGGAGUAGACCAACUCGUAGAGAUUAUCAAGGUGCUGGGAACACCGACAAGGGAACAGAUCCGAGAGAUGAACCCAAACUACACAGAGUUCAAGUUCCCCCAGAUUAAAGCCCAUCCAUGGACUAAGGUGUUCAAACCUCGAACCCCUCCUGAAGCCAUCGCUCUCUGCUCCCGGCUGCUGGAGUACACGCCGGCCUCUCGCCUCUCCCCGUUAGAGGCCUGCUCACACGCCUUCUUCGACGAGCUCCGCCAGCCCAACACACGACUGCCCAGCGGCCGAGACCUGCCCAUGCUCUUCAACUUUAGCCCCACAGAGCUGUCAAUCCAGCCCCAGCUGAACUCAACCCUCAUCCCUCCUCACGCUCGCUCUCACACAGCUGCUUCCGCCCACGAUGGUACUGGCUCCGAUUCAUCUCAACACAGUUCAGUACCUGGAUCUCUCAACAGCAUCUGAAGCAGCCUCUCACCUGCCUGCCUGUCAGCCUCACCCUUACCUCAGACACACACACACACACACACACACACACACACAUACACUCACACACACUCACACUGUACUGCUUUCCUCCAUGCUGCUUGCUCUCCUCUUAGAUGAUCUGUUUUGUACAGUGAACACAUGAAACAGCAAACGUUAGCUCAGUAGCUGCCGGGGUGUAAACUACAGCAGGAGAUUGUUACACGCGUUCAGAGUCGGGCUGCUGCUCAGGUGGGACGUGAAGGUUCAUUAGUGGGGGCUGGUCCUCUGUAAAAAAAAAACUUUUUUUAAUCAACAUUUCUUCUUUAUAUUUGUGUUAAUUUAUUUGACUAAUUGAAAGAAAAAAAACUUCUUUUUUUUUCCACUUCAGAUUAUUUUUUUAUUCCUCAUUGUGUCUGAGUCCCUGUCAGUGAGGGGUGAACAAAGAGGACCCCAAGCAUGUGAUUAGGGAGAACUUUAUCUCUGGGUGGGAGAGCGACUACAGAGGGUGUAUUAUUUCUUUCAAGCCUGCGUGAUGUUGAGGUUUGAAUUAAUCCUCCUCGUGUUUUUAACGUAUCUGCGUAUCACUACAGGGUAACCCAUCUCAGCGUCAGGUCGUUGAAUUACUGGAUGGAGCAUUAAUCAUGUUACCAACCAGCUGUCGGCCAAACGUUGAGUCUUCAGUCUGUGUCUUAUAUCCGUCUGUUUCACUGAUCCAGAGUGUUUUGUCUCAUGAAAGAGGGAAAUAUUCCUCCAUGAGUAAAUUCAGCGUCUAAGACGCUUUUGAAACCCUUUCCAAAUCUAAAAGUGAGCCGCAUCCAAAACACUAGUGCGACUAAUAUGACAGGAUGAAAUAUAGGGGAGAUAGCUUGUCGUGUUGCGGUAUUUCACCCAGAAGAGGGCGCUCAAACAAGCAACCAGCACCUCUUUGUUACCAGAAGAAGCUGGUUGAUCAGUCGCAGUGGGUCCUUUCCUCACAAACUCCAAACUCCACAUCAUGCUUGAAAGAAUCGUACAGCUGCACAGAAACUAUGCGCGCAUUUAGCUGAACGCAGGGGAAGUUGACUUCACAGAGAGACCCCAAACAUACCUGUGCGACUGAUAUUUCAGAUUCUACAGGAAGUGACUCCCCUCUGCAAAUGUUGCUGAUUAGUUUCUCCUACCUACGACAAACUUAUUCUAAAUAACUCGUCAGAGGAAAACUGAAGCAGAACACGUGAAACUUUGCUUUAAUUCUUUGAUUGCUUAAACAGCUCAGUAUUAACUUUGAAUCUGUGUCACAUGCUGUUAGAGAGUAAUCAAAUAUCCCCCCCCUUAAAUCCCCACAAUCUUGUUAAUUCCACCUUUAACUGGUUUCACUUUGUUUACGAGCAGGAAAGCGUCACUGGGGGGAAACUAGGGUAAAGUUGUGUUCCAGAAAACUUUCCAGAGUUCAUGGAGUUCUUCCUUUUAUUAGGACUGAGGACAAAAGAGAGAGGGAGAGAGGGAGGGAGGGUUUCCUGCUGCAGAGCGCCUGUGCCAGAAUCAAAUCCUGGUCGCUGCAUUUAGGACUCUGAUGAUGAUAUGUACAGUAGGAAAUCUAACCGUAGAUGUCUUUAAGAAGUCUGAGUUUCGAGUCCUUUUAAAGUUUGGAAAGUUUUAAAUUUGCUUGAUCGUUCUCCUUGACUUCUUUGAUUCUGAACCCUUGUUGUACCUUCAGAUGAUGCUGAAGGCGUUGCUCUAAAACCUGCUCGUCCCCAUGAACAUAAAGAAAUGAAACGCUGACGCUGUCUGAUGAAAAGAAUUGUUCCCUUUAGUUAAAUACCUCCUCCUUCUCUGAUGCUAGUGGAGGAAAUAUGGAAGAGACGGGAAGGACGACGACUUCAUGUUAACUUAUUUAUUUGUCUUGGAUGAGAGCCGGAUGUUGGGUUCUUAAACGGCAUCAAACUGUAGAGAGUGAAGUAACUGAGGAUGAGCGGUGUGUUGUGCGGCCUCGGGAGAGUACAGUAUGGACUUCACGCGGCACAGUUCUGCUAGCUUACUGUGUGUUUGUGUGUUAUUGUACUUCUACUUUUGUGAGGACCAAAAUUUCACCUCACAGAUUUGGAUUUAUCGUCAAAUUAAGGAUCUGUUCGAGGUCGCUGGUCAGAGAAUGUAUUCCCACAGGCCCCAUCCUCCUCACACAGCAGAGUACAGGUGUGUGUGUGUGUCUGAGCAUACUCCAACCUGCAGUCUAAACAGUGUUUUAGGGAUUAGAGCCGUUAACAAUACAGACCUUUAGUAAGCAGUACAGACCACUUGAAAGUUUGUCGGAUAGUAUAUUUGAUACUGUUGUUCCAUGCCUCCACCUGCUGUUUUUGAACUGCAGCCAUGUUUGUUUGUUCUUUUUAUUCUCCGUGUAGAGCUCCGCUGAGCCUCGAUGCUUUUUUGACUUCCAUCACACUCGGCACAUCCACAUUGGUUUUAUACGGGGAGAGUGGAGAGCAUUUCUCAUUGUCUGUCAUCCCCAGCUGUUCUAGGUCUCAAACUAAUCUCUCUGUCCUGUGGGCACAUUUUCUGCUUUCUUUGCUCCGAAGAGAUGAAUCGGUACAACGGAUAAACCCAGCGGGUGUCACGCUCAGAGCUGUCAGACUCUCUGUGGCUAUGAAAAGGCGUGACAAAGCCAGCAAGAGGAAUCAUUCAUGGCUGAUUUUUCUCUUCCUCAGUCUCAGAAGCCAUUUCCCCCUCACUCUCCUCCUCCUCCUCCUCCUCCUCCUCUUAUGGCACAUGUAAAUAUCACUGAUUUUUAUUUUCUCUUUUUACUUUUUAUUACAGAGUUGUUUAUAUCUUACUCCCCUCAUCCUGUUGAUGAAAGCAGUCUUAGUUUGUGCAUUUGUUUUUGUAAAUAAGUUUCUUUUUUUCACAAUUCCAAAUGUAAAUUCUGCAAAAACAAAAGUCAGCCUACUGCUCAUGUUUGUUGAUGAUCUUUCUCUCUCUUUCUCUUCCUCGUUGUCCGGUGAGAAUUGUAAACUAGCUGUCGACAACAUCGUUAAUAAGCUGUCAGUCCUGUUAGGUCCUCUGUUGGACCUCCGGACUGUUGAAUGAACAUUUCAGGGGUUCUGUUCCAAAAUGAUCUUCUCAUUUUCACUCCGACAUGCUAUGUUUGCUCAUUUGAUCCAUUAUUGUAAAUCUGGACGCAUCAUUAUCCUCCUCAUACUGACUCGUGUGAACUGUGGGUCCAUACAGUUGAAUAAAUGCAAAACAGUUUGAAAGACUCAUGUAUGUUUUAACUUAUUCCCUUUUUUAUACAAUGAUCACAUUUAGUGUUUUCUCUAAAACCCCCCUCGGAAACUUUUAAAAGACCCAAAUCUCACUUCACAGAACCUCCACAAGAGGGCGCUUCUUUUUGAGUCACUGUUUUGUGUGCAUUUGCUUUUGAAGCCGUUAAAUGUCAGAGCUGGCUUCACCUCACUCAUUUAUUCAGAAUCUGAUUUAAAGCUCCUGUGAGGAGGUUUUAAAUGCUUAUGAAACAGAUUAGGAUUCAUAUUCAAUGCUUCUUUAUGGCCUCCAAAAGCUAACUUGAUGAUGUCCUGUUUUAUUUGUAAUGCUUGUAACCACUGCCAUAGGGUAGGUCGGUGUCAGACUGCAGGAGAGUGCUGAAACAGCUUUAGUAAAUGUUCUCUGCAGCAAAGAUUCAGGAUGAGUUAUAUGUGUUAUAGUUAAAAUAAAGCAGGACGAGCCCAGCAGAGUUUAAAGGAACCUCACAGGGUUUAUUAAAUCAAAGGAAUUAAAGGAAUAUUGUGGCCUUCCUUUGCAAGACCGACCCCCACUAAUCAAAUACUAAAGACAUAGUUGUAAAUGUUGACGAUAUGUUGAAUAGAAAUCCUCCUUUUGCAGAUUUAAAUCAAAUACUUUAAACUUCGAAAAAAGCAUCCCCAAAAACACCAGCUUAAAACAAAGUUCCAGUUCCUACCUUGUCCUCUAGAUGGCAGUCUCUGACAUUCCUGCAACUUGCUCUGUGAAGCUCCUGUGAGGAGUUUUUUUUACAAGCUGUGCAGUGAAAGAUUCUACCGGCUGAACUUUACAGCGUCGCCUCUUUAUGCCCUCCAAAAGCAAAUUUAACUAUCGGCAAAAUGAAUGACAGUUUGUUGUCAUUUCUAUGCCUGUGGCAACUAAAGAAUCAGCUGUUUUGUAUUCUUUCUAAAGCAAACCUUCACAUUUGACUGUUCAAAGAAAGAGGACACAAUUUACCCUCAUACAGGACAAUGAGCAGAGGUAUAAGGGGGGUAUCGAUGUGUCCACAGAGGGCGCCAAAAUCAACACACCAGAGAGUUCCUCACAGGAGCUUUAAAGAGUCUCAGUGUCAGAAGAAAGUUUCCUAUAGGCUCAAAAUCAAAGCAGCAGACAUUUUUUCUGCCUGGUUUUGGAACAGACCCUUUGUCGAGUGUUAUGUCACAUUGCAAUAUCUUCUUACUGUGCAGUAUUGAGAAACAUGUCUUAGCUACAGGUCACUCUGAUGUGAAAUGUCUGACUGGAGUGAUCUCAAAGUGUUAGCUAGUACUCAACAUGGGCAUUUUGUAUUAUGUGCUGUAUGGCAUUCAGAGUUGCUGCUAAUGAUCACAACAUGUCAGAAGUGGACAUUAGUGUUGUGACUGCAGACAGAGCCACCGAUGAGUAACCUGCAGAAACGUUGCUCUUCAUCGUCUCAGAAAUGUACUCGUGUUUAUUUGAAGUUCUUGUCUGUUCACAUUUCCACAGUUACUGCCGCAGAGGGACGUCUUAUUUAUGUCACUAUUAUUUAAGAGUUUUCCUGAAGUGUUAACUCGCCAGGGGUGGACUUGAAUCUGAGUGAUGGAGGGGGAAAGAGAGAGAAAGAAACACAAACCUGUCCGUCUCUGUUCUGUGUGUGUAUCAUAUGGACUCAUUUACUGUAAUAAAGUGAUGAAACUGUG